UAUCUUGUGUAGGAAGAGGGCUAAAUGGACUUAGGAAAUUUUGACAGACCUCUUCUGAUUAGGAAGACCUGUGCAGAUCCAUCAGUCUGUUUUGGAGCUGGAUUAGAGACCAGAGAGAAGAUGGAGGGACAACGCCCAGCUGGAAAAAGCCCUGCAGCUGUUCAGUCUUGGAGCUUUGAGAUGAAUGGGGCAAGUCCUGGGCAGAAGAACCAAGAAGAGGAAGCCAACAGUUCAGAGGUCCAAAGCUGUCACUUCAGAAAAGUGCAGUUCCAUGAGGGGAGGGGUCCCCGAGAUAUUUGCAGUCAGCUUCACCGCCUUUGCUGUCAGUGGCUGCAGCCAGAAAUAAACACAAAGGCCCAGAUGCUGGACCUGGUGCUCCUGGAGCAGUUCCUGGCUGUCCUUCCACCAGAGAUGGCGAAAUGGGUGUGCGAGUGUGGAGUGGAAACCAGUUCCCAGGCGGUGGCCCUGGCCGAAGGCUUCUUGCUGAACGUGGAUGUGGAAAAGAUGAAAGAAGAGUUCCAGAAAUCCUUGGAAGCUACAACUGAGUAUCCCAAGGGGGGGAAAGAUUCAUCCAAACCCUCUCAAGAGCUGCUGUUCGGGGAGAACUUCCAGAAAGGUCAAAGUCAGGACAUCACGCCAGAGAGUAGAAAGCUGUCCAUGGAAUUUGUAGACUCACCUCCUCUUUGUGGCGGAGCUGAAGGAUUGUCUGAACCUCUACUUCAGGAUGUUGUGUCUUUUGAGGAAGUGGCUGUGUAUUUCUCCAAGGAGGAGUGGUCUCACCUGGACCCUACCCAAAAAGCGCUUCACGGAGACGUCAUGCUGGAGAAUUCCAGGAAUCUGGCUUCUCUGAGCUUUAAUGGGCAAGAAAAUAAGAAUUGCAAGGAAGAAUGCCAAGCGAUCCAAUCAAAAGAGGGAAAAGGGACGUUUUCAGAUCAGAUACAGCCAAAGAGGGAUGAAAUAAAGAAAUCACAAAGUGGAAUGAAAAAAGGCUUUCCAAGGGUCAGUUGGCUUCAUAACCGUACAAACAUUGAUGUGGGAGAAGAACCAUAUAAAUGCACGGAGUGUGGAAAGACCUUUACUCGUAGCAGUAGUCUCAAUUCCCAUAAGAGGAUCCACACUGGAGAGAAGCCAUAUCAAUGCCUGGAAUGUGGAAAGACCUUCUCUUAUAAUUACUCUCUUACAAUCCAUCAUAGGAAUCACAAAGGAAAAAGACCUUACAAAUGCAUGGAGUGUGGAAAGACCUUUAACUGUGGCAGUAGCCUUAAUUCCCACAAGAGGAUCCACACAGGAGAGAAGCCAUAUCAAUGUGUGGAGUGUGGAAAGCAUUUUAGGAGGAAUAGUAAUCUUUCCUCCCAUAAGAGGAUCCACACUGGAGAAAAGCCGUAUCAAUGUAUGGAGUGUGGAAAGACGUUCUCUUAUUCUAAGUCUCUCUUAAUCCAUCAAAUGAACCACACAGGAGAAAGACCUUACAAAUGCACGGAAUGUGGAAAGAGUUUUACUUGUACCGAUCAUCUUAAUACCCAUAAGAUAAUCCACACAGGAGAGAAGCCAUAUCGUUGUGUGGAGUGUGGGAAGAGCUUUUCUUAUAAUCUUUCUCUUAUAAUCCAUCAUAGGAAUCACAAAGGAGAAAGACCUUAUAAAUGCAUGGAGUGUGGAAAGACCUUUACUAGUAGCAGUGGUCUUAACUGCCACAAAAGAAUCCACACAGGGGAGAAGCCAUAUCAAUGCCUGGAGUGUGGGAAGAGCUUCCCUUAUAAUCAUUCUCUUAUAAUCCAUCAUAGGAAUCACAAAGGAGAAAGACCUUAUAAAUGCAUGGAGUGCGGAAAGACCUUUACUAGUAGCAGUAGUCUUAAUUCCCACAAGAGAAGCCACACAGGGGAGAAGCCAUAUCAAUGCAUGGAGUGUGGGAAGAGCUUUGCCAGGAAUUCCACUCUUGCUUCACAUAGAAGGAUCCACACUCGGGAGAAACCAUAUCAAUAAAGGAAGUGUGAGAAGAGGUUUGAAAGAAAAAUUAAAAAACUGCAGAGGUUUCCUUUUUUAUAUAGUAAGUGGAUUUCUUUCAAAAAGCUUUCUGCUGAUAAAAUACAAAAUAUUCAUUUCCAUGCCACAGAAGAUAGUCUGCUGCGGUUUCUGCCUGCUGCUUCUCCUUGGCUGCUUCCUCUGAAAAGGAGCGGCGGUCGCGCUCAGUGCAGCCGGGAGCCCAGCACAGCCGCUGUUCUUCCGCAAGGGGAGGAGAGCCCAUGCAGCGGAGGAGUGCACGGGGGCGGGGAAAGAACCACGGCUGGCGGACUCCCUCUGGUGCAUUGCAUGCGGCCGCAGCCGGAGAAAAGCAGCGAGCAGGGAAGCGGCUCAUUCAUUGCUGCAGCCAGUCCCGAGGAAGAGCCCACAUAACAUGCGGGCAAAUCCCGCCUGGCUUGCAUUCUUUGUGGCCAAAAGAAGGGCUUUGAUCCCGCAUCCCCUUCGCUCCGGCCGGGUCCAUAAAUGCCAUAUUUAACCCCAGGGCAGUUCAAAAGGCCAGCAGGCUGGCUGGGAGUUUUGGAGUGGAGACGUGAGGCUUCCUCCGUCUUCUUGAAUUUUCACGAGAAAAAGAUCUGAUAGUCAAGAAGGGAUCCCUUCCCUGUGAAUUUGACUUUGAGGAUGCCCUGGAACGUCAAAUGGUUAAAUAACUGCAACAGCCACAGCUCCCAAUCACAGAAACAAUGCAAGAAAUCCUCUUUUGCUUUCUAUUAAGCUGGGAGAGACCAGGGACCAGUGUGGCUCUUGGAAGAUGCUUGCAGAAAGCGAGCGGGAAGCAAGCAAGCGAGAUGGGCAGGGGCACGAAUCGGCAUGUGCUCAGAAACGCCGAUCUUGUGCUCCUGUUCAUCUCGCUUGCAGAAACAAAAUUCAGAAGACACGGAAAGGCGUCAAAAGCUGUUGAUAGAUAGAAAGCAAGUGGAAAGCAAGUGAGAUGGGCAGGAGCACGAGAUCGGUGUUUCUAAGCACACGCCGAUUCGUGCCCCUGCCCAUCUCGCUCGCCAGCGCCCACAAUCUGCCCGGCUCCCCUCGCUUUGCGCAGCUCCUCUUGCCCCCCUGCACCCGCCAUUAACCCGCCACCAUGCAGGGUAAGGUUGGCGCCCCCGCCCAGAUGCCCUCGCCUCCCCCAAGCAUUUUUUUACUCACCUUUCAGCUGCACUCCCUUUCUCCUUUUGCUUCUCUGCCUUCGCCAU